GUGAAAAAACACCUAUUACGAGGAAUUAAGCCAAGACUGAUUACGGGAUGCUAAAGAGUUGGAGAAUUGAGACUGAGCGAUAGACAGACAAACCCAGCCAAGAUACGAGGCAAUUUUCUCGAAUUGAGAAGGAAAAAAUACGAUGGGUGGUAGUGGUGGUGAAUCGAGAUACGAGAUUUCACAAAACGCCUACAUAAAACUAGUACUCCACUCUCUCAAGCACAAAACCUCCGCCGUCAACGGGGUUUUGGUUGGCAGUUCCUGUGACGAUGUUGUCCAGAUCAUCGACUCUGUCCCUCUGUUCCACAACCACCUAGGUCUCCUGCCUCCUCUCGAGAUCUCUCUCAUCAUGAUAGAGGAGUAUUAUAGCGCUCGAGGUUUGGGUAUAGUGGGUUACUUUCACGCAAAUGAGAGGUCUGAUGAUGUGGAGCUUGGUAAUGUUGCAAAGAAUAUUGGCGAUCACAUCUAUUGCUACUUUCCCCAAGCUGCCAUUCUUUUGUUAGAUAACAAAAAGCUUGAAGCUUUGCCAAAGGGGAAAGAUGGGCUCCCUGUUAUGCAGCUUUAUACAAGGGAUGCAUCCAAGAACUGGAAGCUAACUAGAUCAGAUGGAAGCUGCCGAUUGACAACUAAGGAACCAGCUGCAAAUGCUGUUCUAUUGGAUUAUAUUUCAUCCAAGAAGUGGGAGGAUGUGGUAGACUUUGAUGACCACCUUGAUGACAUUACCAAGGACUGGCUGAAUCCAGAACUCUUCAAGUAAGGUUGGCCCCAGCCGUGCAUGUAGACCAGAUGAAAUUUAAAUGUUAAUGAUUUGGAUGAGCAUUGGGCUCGUAGUUACCAUUAAUAAGAAAAUUUUGCAGUGAUAUAUCUGUGUUAAAUUGUGAAGUUUCCCAGAUAAGGAACAUGGUAUUUUCUUCUGAGAAGUAUUACUGUGUUGAAGUUCAGAGUUUUAAAAGUGGAAUGGCUGCCGCUCUCCAUAAAUACAUCACUACUAUCUGUUUAAUCUCUAA